CCAUGGCUGUCAAUCAAAGUGCGAUCAGAGUUUGCGGUUAGGCGUCAGGUGAAACUAGGCUGUGAGGAAAAAGGGACAGAUGAAAACUUACAACGUCGAACUUUCUGGAAAGUUUUUUCUACUAUUUAUGUUUUUAACUACCAAAGGAAACUUUUAAAACCAAGGGGCAACAUUUAACAAGAUGAAGAGCCUGAAGUAUCGAUUGAAAAAGCACGAAGUUACCAUCACAAACACAGAUUGGAACAAGUAUGACGACCGGCUGAUGAAGGCUGUGGAACGUAGCGAGGUGGACAAGGUGGCUGUCGUUCUUAGUAAGAAGGGCAUCAUCCCCACCAAGCUCGAUGUGGAAGGACGAUCUGCGUUUCAUUUGGCUGCGACACGAGGACACCUAGAAUGUCUCAACCUCAUCCUGGGACACAGUGUGGACGUUACUGCGACUGACGCCACUGGUAAAAAUGCUCUCCAUCUGGCUUCCAGAAAUGGACAUUCACUGUGUGUGCAGAAACUCCUGCAGCACAACACUCCAGUUGGAAAUGUGGACCUACAAGGAAGAACAGCUCUUCAUGACGCUGUCAUGGCCGGCUGCUCCUCCAGCGUGAAGCUCCUCUGUGACAGCGGGGCUUCUGUGAAUUCCACUGAUUUUGAUGGCAGGACACCUCUGGUUCUGGCAACCCAGAUGUGUCAUCCACGUAUCUGUCAGCUGCUGCUGGAGCGAGGGUCUGACAUCACCACCAGGGACAAACAAAACAAGACGGCGCUGAUUCUGGGCUGUGAGUUUGGCUGUAAGGAUGCAGUGGAGGUGUUGCUGAAGAACGGCAUUGACGUCAAGGCAGUUGACAGUUUGAACCACGAUGCAUUUCACUACGCCCGCCUCAGCAAGAACCAGGAGCUUGUUGCGUUGAUCAAAAGUUACCUCGACAAAGCUACCAGAGAAAAAGAGGCUGCAAAGAUGGAACAAUGGAAGCGACAGCAUUCAGUGGAGAGAUCAGAGGCAGCUGAGGCUAAUAGAAGGGAUCAAAUCAUACAUGACUUGGAGAGACAGAACGAGACCAUGCAGGAUAGUCUCAGAAAGUACCAACAGGAGCAGAAAGUCCUGCUGGAUAAGGUCAACAUUCUGCAGCAACAGCUCACACAGGAGAAGAUAACCGUGGAAGGCACUCAAAAAGAGAAAGAGCAUCUGAAGGUGUUACUCAGCGCCAAAGAGGAUGGAGCUCGAGGCUUGGAGACCGUCAAGGUCCAGCUCAGGAGCACUUUGGGAGAUUACUCUGGUCAGUCAGUCAUCAAAGGUAAAGAAAACUCUUUGGUUAAACAAGCUCACAGCCUGGAUUCUGAUCAGAAGAUGCAGAAAGCUGCCAUGGUUCGUUCACUGUCCAGACCUUCAGAGAGGAGUCCACCUGCUGGAGCCUGGGAUCUCUCUGGUGAACCGGAGGCCCUCCGACAUGAACUUGAGGCGGUUAAGAGAAGACAACAGGCAGCAGAGGAAGAGUCGUCCCGGCUUCAAUCUGCCCUCAACCGUAAAAACCGAGAGUGCCAGGAGCUGGUUCAGAGCCGAGACACCAUCCAGAAACAGGCCGACCAGCAGGUGCAAGAACUGGAGGAAGCCUUGGGAGACGUCCAGAAGAGGAUGCUGGAUUCUGAGUGUAAGGUCAAGCAGCUCCAAGCUCAUGUAGUCGCUGUUAAGGAGCAUUUAGGAGGCCAGGGGACAGAGGAGCUGCGUGCCCAGCUGCAGGAUAUCAAAGCCAAGUACGAAGGCGCUUCAGCUGAAGUGUGCCGUGUUCGUAACCGCCUCAAACAGAGCGAGAAGGCUUUGGAGGAGUACAAAGGGAGUGAGAGCCAGCUAGCAGCGGAGGCAGAGAGGCUGAACCAAGAACUUGGAGCUCUGACUGCAGAAAGAGAUGAACUAGCAGAAACCCUUUUAGAAAUGGACUCUCAAUUAAAAGAGGCCCAGACUAAACACGGCAACACAGUACCAGCGGAGAAGUUUGACAACAUGAAAAACCUGCUCACCAACGCGGUGGAUGAGAAAGAACGGCAGAUCGCUGAGCUGAGGGAAGACUACGACCGCGUGCUGGAGGAGGUCGCUGAUCUCCAUCGGAAGAUAGACUGUCCGUCAUCACAGGGGGGAUCGAAGGCGUCGUCUGAGGAGCAGCAGAGGAUACUGGGAGCACUGGAAGAGCAGAACGCUUCGCUGAAAAAGAAACUGAUGGACUUGACUGCAAAAAGCCAGGCUCUGAUUCAAGAGAUAGAGGAGAGUGAGGAGGAGAGAGACAUCCUACGAGAGCAGCUGGAUGAGUUCAACAACAGGAUUGGGAUUGACCUUAUACCCAUGAAAGACCACGAUGAGGCUCGGAGGAACAUGGUGGUGGCUCUUGAAGACCUGGAGGACAAGCUGGUUGAAGCCAGCGAGCGUUACGGAAAAGCAGAGGCACAAGUCCAGCAGCUUCAAACCGAGAGAGCCUCGCUGCAGGAGAAUCUCAGCGGCCUCAAGAGCACCGGUGAGACGCAGCAGAGCGCCAUGGACGCUCUGAGAUCUCAGAAUGACGACCUGAUGAAGAAACUUGAACUUUUGCAGAAGAGAUGUGACGACAGAGAGGUAGAGUGCGUACAGCUGAGCACACAGAGCCAGACUCUGAAACAGAGCUUGGAUGGCGAGUAUGUUCCCAGACAGCAGCACGAGCAAGUGAAGAUGGAGUUGAGCUCCACCCUAGAGAGCGUUAAAGCCGAGAUGUUGAAGUUGGAGACCAAGGGAAGCGAAAGUGGGGAAGAACUAAAGCAUGUGAAAGAAGGCAAUGAUAAGUUGAAAGAAGAGUUGGAAAAAGUCCUGUUGGAGAUGAAUACAGAGUACAUUAGUAUUAAAGACCACAUAUCUGCAAUAGACAAGUUGAAUGUUGCUGUGGUGGAGGCAGAGGAUCGAGAAAAUCAAGCAUCAACCAAGUAUGCGUCUGUUCAGGAGGAAAACAUCAAACUUACACAAGAACUGGAGGCCCAGAGGAAAGAGCUUGAUACCAUACAGGAAGCUAUCCAGUCUAAGUUUAUUCCACUGACAGCAGCUGAGGAGAAAGAGAGCUCUUACAGUGCCCAGGUAAAGGAGCUGACAGCCAAGCUGUUAGAAAUGGAAGAGAAGUAUAACAAAGAGAGGUCUGCUGGAGAGAGCAACACACAAGAGAAAGACAAACUUCGAGUUGAGAUGGAAUCCGUUCAACAGAGACUGGACUCUGUACUGGUCAGCAGUGAGAAACACAAGGACGUGGAGGACGAGUUCAAGAGCAAAUUUGACGAACUGACCCAGAAGUUGGUCAACUUAGAGCAGCAGCACAAGGAAGUAACUCUGCAGAAAGAGGAUCUUGAGGACCAGAAUGUCUUCUGCAACUCUCAGAUCCAAAAUCUCCAGGAGCGUCUGAAAUCAGAGUUGACUCGCAUCUCAACAUAUGACACAGAGCUUAAAGCCCUUAAUGAUGCCAUGCAGCAAGCCCAGACCGACUGCAAGAAAGCCAGAGAGGCUCGGCAGGAGGAGGCCCUGAGGGUUUGUGCUUUACAAAAAGAUCUACAGGAUCGCCGCGAGGAUCAGACUGCUUUGCAACAACUAGCCACAGCCAAGGACGCCCUGCAGGCUGAAGUCACUAAGCUUCAGCUGGCUCUCCGUGAAGAAGAGGAGAACAAUGCCCAGAGAGCCGAAGACGUGUCUGCCCUCCAAUCUGAGCUCCUUCAAGCCACACAGGCUCUCGAGGAGAUUCACUACGCGGACGACCAAAUGAACCAGCUGAAGAAGGAGAAGCAGCAGCUGGAGGAGGAAGCUGCCAACCUGAGCAACAAGCUGCUCAGCUUAGCAGAGCAGUGCGAGGAUGCCCAACAGGGAGCCACGCGAGCGAGGGAGGGUGAGAGCAGAGCCAGGGCAGAGAUGGAGACUGUCCAGGAGAAGGGACAUGCCAUCGAGAGGGAGAUCAGGGAGCUUAAAGGGAGAUAUGAUGAGUCACUCAGUACCAUCUGUGACCUCCAGAGGAGGAUUCAGACAUCAGCUCAGCAGACUGAGGCCAAAGACAAGAAGAUCACAGAGCUGCUGACGGAAGUUGAGCGAUUAAAGCAGGCACUGAAUGGUCUGUCUCAGCUCGCGUAUACGAGCAGCGCACCCAACAGGAGACAGACGCAGCAAAUGGACACACUCCAAGCCCAGAUCAAGAACCUACAGCAACAGCUGGCUGAUGCUGAGAGGCAACACAGAGAGGUGGUUUCAAUUUAUCGAACUCAUCUUCUUAGUGCAGCACAGGGUCACAUGGAUGAGGACGUCCAGGCCGCCUUGCUGCAGAUCAUCCGCAUGAGACAGGAGUUUGUGUGUUGAAGCUUUCACCCAACAAAACAAAAUGCUACCUGCUGACUCAAUUCAUCAUCAUCACAUUUCCCACUGCAGUGUGUCCCUGCUGUGGCCCCUGUGGGUGCCCAAUGUGUGUGUGUGUGUGUGUGUGUGUGUGUGUGUGUGUGUGUGUGUGUGUGUGUGUGUGUGUGUGUGUGUGUGUGUGUGUGUGUGUGUGUGUGUGUGUGUGUGUGUGUGUGUGUGUGUGUGUGUGUGUGUGUGUGUGAGUGUGUGAGUGUUUGUGUGUUUUAUGUAUUGGCAAAGUGUCUCCAAUCCAGCUGCUCUGAAAUCCAUCUUCUCUGGUCGGACUUUGCUCUAAAAUCUGAACGUCUGUGUAGAAGUGAAGAAGUGUAGAUUUAAAGUACCACUGCCUUAUUUCAACAUGAUUAGAAACAGCACAAAUGCAAUGAAGUUAAAUGUUUUUAAAUCAAUUCCUGAACUCUGAACUCUAACAUUUGUAUUGCUGCUCAGUGAGUGAAACACUGUUCUUACAUCUCUGCUGUCUGUUAUAAAUCAACAAACUAAUCAGUUUAUCUCUAUGCAGCUUUAACCCAAUGUAACAAGAGAUCUGUCAUGUGUUGAAAUGUAGGUCCCCGUGAUGGGUUUAAUCUCCUUCAGUCCUAAGAGGGAAUGUAACAUUGGACGUGAAAACAAAGACCACUUUCCACAUUCCCUCCGGACUGUCUGCUCUCACACAGCGGCCAUGUUUUUAGUUUUUAAGAACAAUGUGUGCUACGAUUUGAAGAACAGGUUCACUUCUUUCAGUUUUCAAAAUGACCUUCAGAGACAGGUUUGGUGUUUUUCAAUUCCCCCUUCAAGUUAUGAUCAGGUCUCAAUAAGAACACUGUCACAGGUUAUGCUUACCAUAGUUCCCAGACAAUGACAGAUCCCAACAUUGCAAGGGAUGUGGGAACCCACAGUUCUUAACUCCCGCAAGAGUUGUUUAAAAAAUGACUUGAAGUGAGUAUAGCAGUUAAAACAAAGUGCAUAUCCUCUUUAGUUUAUGAAUAUUUCCCUCUGUGUUUGUAUGUCCUAAGACAGUGCCUCGUUGUUGAGCUGCAGGGACAUCAUUGUUACAGAAGAAUACAUUUUGUAGUCCACAGACUGAGUCUUAGGGAGAUAUCUCUUAAUCUGAACAACUGAUGAAUUUCAGAUAACUUUGUAAAAGGUUUUUUGUACAGAUGAGGACCGUCUAAUUUGUCCCCCAUCGCUUGCAUUGAAAACAUUUAAGGAGUGCACCUUCUCAUGUCCAGUCUGAACUGCGGGAACUAUUACACCAAGCAAAACCUGUUACAGUGUGAUUUCUGUUUCAGACUUUGAAACACUGGGAACCUUUCCUUAAAUACACUACUACAGUGCACAUUGAGCUUCUUGUGCAAUAAUACACUCAACCGUAGCAUACCAUUCUUCAGAGGUAUGAAUUAGACAUAUCAAGUGGUCUGUGAAGGUUUCUUCCUCCUCAGUGUGAUAUUCCCUUUGCAGUGUUCCCUUGCUGUGCUGCAGGGACAUCACUAACAAAAAGAACAAAUUGUGCUCUAAAUCUCAGAAACUUUAGGAGACAUCUGAGUGAUUCGACCACAAACUCCUUGAGAAACAAACAUUUAAGAUGAGAUGAAAGAAUUUGAACCUGUACUUUCACAUCACUUCAGCCACUUUGUUGUGACUGAAGUCACUUAGUGGCACAGUUUCAUCUUGUGGAGCUCCAAAGUAGCACAUUUGUUUUCAAAAUUCUCUCUAAAUACCAAAGAUCAAAAGAGGGAAAAAACAUCCUAAUCUUCAACUCUUUGCUGUUCUGGUACACGGUAGAUAGUGAUGUGACAGAUUUGGAGAGCUCUCUGUUGUGUUGCUCACACAGAGCAUUAAGUCUGGCCAUGCUUUGUGCUGGAUUUGAGUCAUGUGGGGCAUGGAGUGGAGAUCUCGUGCUGUGUCCAACAGUUUGCAGUGGCACGUUGUCCUUUUGUUGAAACCAGAGUGUCCUCUAGUGGUGAGACUUGGCAGGCCAAGUUGAUAGAAAAUGUAAUAAUCAGUGUGGACCAGGGGUAAGCAGCCGUGGUUUUAGGAAGCUCUGAUAUCUGCCUGCUUUAAUCAACAACAGAGGAUUAAAUAUCUUACAGACUGUUGAGAGAAUAUCAAAGGUGAGUUAUUAACUGGGUUUUAUCAGCUUAUAAGUGCUGCUUUACAUAUCUACAAUUAAUCCAAACCCCUAAUAAAGACAAAGAACGUCUCAGCUCACCUUGACUCACUAAAACAUCAGAUUAAAGCAGCAGGUAAACUCUGCAGCCCUCAUAGAACAAAUGCUGCGUCCCCUGAGCCCGCUCUUUGUGACUCUUGAUGGUGUCGUGUAGUGGUGUUGUGAUUGUUGAGCGAGUCUCUCAUGCCUUUACACUGAUAUAUUUUUCAUAGAUUUGUACUUCUUUAAUUACUGUACUACAGUGUGAGAAUUCUGAUAUUCAGCAGGUCUGGAAGUAGAACGGCACAAAACACGUUCAGGGUAACAUUUACCGUAGGAAGCCAUUCAAAAAAUAGAACAGAUCCCUUUAUUUAUGUGGUAAUGAGUAGUUGUUGAAGCACUCCUGUUGAUAUCUCUCUGCUGACACACUUUACCAAGUAAAAUCUUUUCAGCUCUAUUUUUAUAUUUUGGCCAAAACACUGUUUUCACAAACAGAUAGUUUAGGAAACAAUAUCUUGUGCAUUCUGCAACGCAGAUUCUGGGGAUUAACAAUCAUUUUGGGAUAUUACUUUCUGUAUUCCCUCAACAGUUAACUUUGACUAUAAAUUAAAUCCAGGUAAAUCUCUUCAUAAAUAAACUGUAAUCUGUUUUUCUUUGGCAGUAAUAUUUGUGUUUGUGAAUCACUAAUACAAAUCAAUAAAAGUGCCUAACAUAGAAAACUA